AUGUAUAUAUACAGGUCUUCAGCUCUUUCUGGGAUAUAUGGCACAUCGUGUGUGGUCAGGCGAUUUGUCCAAUUCGGCGUGGCGGAUGCCACACAGGGCAACAACGUUUCAGAGCCAAUCAACACUUUACCGACAUCCACUGGAAACGGCCCUUUUGCCGAGAUGCCCAAAUUCAGCGCUCUCGGCCUGCCAGCCUCGUUGUUGAGCGUCCUGCUUCCGGCUUCGGGGAUCUUGAACACCCGCUGUGGGUCAAUCAUUGCGGCCAACGGUGAUUUAUCCCAGUUGACAUCAGAAGUGGUCGUGCACGACUGGAAAAGAAACCCGUUUUUGUACCAGCGGGUUACCGCCUCUGAGCAACCAAUGUCGUUGUUGGUUGCUCCCUUGAUCAGCGGGGCCUCCUUUGCCACCAUACACGUCAAGAACCAAACCUGGGUGGUGAACAAUAAAGACAGCAUCAUCGCCUGGAGCGGUUCGAGCUUGGAGUUGUCCAGCGCAAACUUGCGGACCUUGGUCUCUGGUAAGAACUUAUCCAACUUCACAUCCAUCUCUACAAGCGGCCAGGGAACUUUGGCUGUGAGUGGACAGGGCCAAUUAUUUACCAUGAACUUAAAGAGCGGGGAAUCGAUGCUCAUCAACCCGGGCAGUGUGAUCGCUCACACAGUAGAAGCGCAAGAGGAAGCUAGCCGCAUCGUCUUCCAUAGACUAAAGAGCCAGAAGUUCUCCUUCUUGAUACCGGAGUUUUCUGCCGUCGACAAGUAUGUGAUCAGAGCGAAGGAGUUUUUUACAGAGUUUUUGGCUAAAAUCCAAGAGCCUACCAAGGACGAGCCAACCAUGGUCGAAGCUAUCGGAAGCCCAACCCCGGCACAAUUGGAGGAAAAGCACAAGGCCGAUGAGUUGCUCAUCAGAUCCAGUGAGCACACCACCGUCACGGGCUCUUUGUUCGACAAGACAAAGGAAAUGCUCAAGAGGUCGUACAACAACUUCACGAAAGCCGAGAUCUACUACGAGGUUAACGGACCGGUGACUUUACUAGUGCAAAACAAUGUUUCGUUUGCCAAGGAAAACUUCAGCAAGCAGGAGUUGACUAGAGUUUAUGAAACCAUCCGGGAAAAAUAA